CCCAGUCAUCCACGACUGAGGACGGAGGACUCCAAGGGACCUUAGGGCACUUCAAGUCGUGCCUCAGGGCACUUGGGCGGAUUUUCUCAUCGAGCCUGCCUUAGGCGGCGAGCUCUUCACGAUCUACCAGCGGAACAGAUUGUACGGAAAGGAGGCCCAUGCUCGAUUUUACAUUGCGUGCGUAGUGAUGGCGUUUGAGCACCUUCAUCAACGCCGUAUUCUUUACCGUGACCUCAAGCCAGAGAACGUAUUGCUAGACACCAAUGGGUACGCGAAGGUCACGGAUUUUGGGCUGGCGAAGUUCGUGGUCGGGCACACGUACACCACGUGUGGCACCCCCGAUUAUUUCGCGCCCGAGAUGAUUAUGGGCAGUGGUCACACGCUUGCAGUGGAUUGGUGGACCCUUGGGGUCAUGACAUACGAGCUUAUCGUUUCUGACGCACCCUUCAGCGCUCAUGAGCACAUGGCGAUUUUCAAGAAGGUUAAGCGUGGCAUCGAGAGCGCGAAAUUUCCCAACAGGAGUGCCUCUUGGGCAAAGCUCGUCAUGGAGCUCUGCAAGCAGGAGCCUGGUCAGAGGCUCCCGAUGCGCAGAGGGGGCGUGAUGAAUAUCAAGCAGAGUUCGUGGUACUCGAGGGUGCAGUUCGAUUGGAGCAGUCUGGCAGCGCGCACGAUGGUUCCACCGUACAUUCCCCAGGUGAAGUCCAAGUCCGACGCGUCAAACUUCGAGCCUUGCUCAGAGAGCGACGGACCUCCACAUAUUCCAUACGUCGAUCCUGGCACGGGCUGGGACGAGGGAUUCGGAGACCCACACGGGCCAGCAUUCGACUGAAACGAUUUUCAUCGCCACAACGUUUGUCACUUCUCAGGGAGAUGUGAUCAUCACGUGCAUUGGGCUGGAUGCUCGCUGCAUUUUCGUUGCCGCAGUGCAAUGCCUGCACGUUUAUGCGAGAAGCGAUGCUCGCCUGCAUUGGGCCUGCUGCCCACCGUCAAUCGAGUCAUCGCAAUCUUUCUGCGGCUGCCGCUGCUUCGCCUGCCCCCCCGAGCCGGAACGCUCCUGAUCCGGAAGAGGCUCGCAUGAUAUCGGGGUCGCGCAACGGGCUCUCGGCUGUGGCUGCUCAAGCAUGGAGGGGCCCAGGGACACACACACAC